AUGUCGGGUCUGCUCAGCUCGCGCUGGGCACCCGGUGCAAACGAAACACAGCGACAGAGGUCUCCACAGGGUCAAACUCCUCGUAGGCCCCGGACGCCCAAUAUCUCCCCCUCCUAUGCGCGCGGUAACAGCAGCAUCCGCCCGGCGACUAUCACACCACAAGAUGGCCGUUUGUUACCGCCAGCGGAGGAGUUGGCGCGCUUUAUGAAAAUUGUCGUUAGACUGCGAUGGAAAUUGCCUUUUCUAGCUGAGGGGUAUCGGCUCGCGACGCUUGAAGUCGGGGAGUUCGUGUCGGCGGAGCAGGUCGCGCACGCGGAAAUUAUGUUCAAAAUUGAUUUCCAUGAGUACUAUGCUCUGCUUGAGCGGGCGAUCGUGCAUUUGUUGGCUGUGUUCAAUAUUUCGGUCACGUCUUCGCGUCGAGGUCCGGGUAAUGGGAAUGGUGUCGUUCAUCGAUAUCAUGCCAAUGUGCUGGAGGCGUUGAGGGAGCAGUCUACUCCACUGUCCCCAAUCUUGGGUGGGGGAAAUGUCUUUCUGCAGUUGCAAAGGGCAAAGGAGCUGCGUAAUAGAUGGAAGACUGCCGAUCUGACGACCGAAGAGAGAGAAAGGCAAGGCGAAAGAAAGGAUAUUGUGACGCUUGCCAGCUUUGAUUUUGAGAGUAUCAUAUCCGACAUCUUCGGUGGUCUGGAGGAGUCAUAUGUUCGUGCAAAGGAACAUGUUGAUAAGUGCAUUCGUCCAGACGAUGUCAAUGGACAAGGGGCAGACACCGAGGCGGACUGGGAAUUCAUGGUCGAUGCCAUGGAUUGGGAGGCUGUAUGA